GGUGUCGCAGAAAAUGUCGUGUUGGCCGCUUUUAGGUUUCUCUCUGCUCCAACGAUCUCUCGCUUGGUUGACGUGGUAGUCGCACGUUGUAUAUAUCUUUUCCGUUUUGGUUGUAGCAUAAGAUUCGUGAGUAAGAUGCAAAAGAAACAAAAGGAGCCGAUUCAUUCAGUACAGGUCUUCGGACGCAAGAAAAGCGCGACUGCUGUCGCUUAUUGUAAACGCGGACGUGGAAAUCUCCGCGUCAAUGGUCGACCGUUAGAGCUAGUUGAACCACGUGUAUUGCAAUAUAAAUUGCAAGAACCCAUCUUGCUUUUGGGAAAGGAAAAAUUUUCUGGAGUUGACAUAAGAGUAAGGGUAAAUGGUGGAGGUCACGUUGCACAAAUAUAUGCUAUUCGUCAAGCCAUUUCCAAAGCGCUUGUGGCUUAUUAUCAGAAAUAUGUUGAUGAAGCUAGCAAAAAGGAAGUAAAGGACAUCCUAAUUCAAUAUGAUCGUACUCUCCUUGUUGCUGACCCAAGGAGAUGCGAGCCAAAAAAGUUUGGAGGUCCUGGUGCCAGAGCGCGAUAUCAGAAAUCUUACCGUUGAUGUAUGCUCAUUUUAUAUAUUAUAUACUUUAUUUAUAUUAUUGAGUAAAAACGAAAUAUAAAAUCCAUGUGAGGAAUACA